CAAAAAAAAGUGUCGUGGAAGUGGAUAUCAUACAAAUUUCUAUUGAUGCGAGUUCGAGUUCGAGUGAGAUAUUAAGUGAUGUGCUGCCAUCCAUCCCGGCAACAGACGACGACAGUCGUGGUGUGACGUCCGUGCCCCUCUCCAAUCAUACAACAAAAAGGAGGCGUUGGACGACAGAGGACUCGCCGGAGUCUAUACGCUCCAGUUGGUGUUGCAAGUGCAAGUGUUGCAGAGCAAAAGGGCUGGGGACGAUGCCGGUCAUUGCCGAUGCCGAUGCCUGCGAUGAGCCACCAGCAAAAUGUUGCAAACAUUGUGAGGAGUCUACGCACAGCGUGGACGGAGGACCUGCAUCGUGGCGUUUAACGCUCGAUCAGGAUCUAUUUGACACGCUCAAGGGUAGCUUUCCCAGUUGGUUUCAGAGCGGCACGGGUGCUGCAGCAGCAGCCAGCAAACAGCAGUUGCAGCUGCACCAAAAGCACCAUCAGCACCAAUUGGUGCCCAGCCACAGUGUCAUACCCAUUACCAUAGACACGAAAAUCGCCAGCGGCAACAGCAACAGCAACAACAAUCAUACACUCCAACAGCAACAGCAUCACCAGACAGCGAUAUUGAGCCACAGCUCGAGCUCCGCAUCGCCCGCUUCCUCCAUUAGCUCCAAUUGCUCAAAGAAAUCCAAUAGCAGCAGUCUGAGCAGCUGCAGUAGCAGCAGCAGUUGCAGCUCCCACUCCAGUGGGGGUGGUGCAGCGACGGCGGGCCGCUUCCUCAACAAAUCCACCUCCACGUCGCCCAGCAAGGGGCUGGCACGUACGCUCAAGGCCACCCAAAAGACGACGCACAACGGCAACAGCAACAGCAUCAGCAACAGCUGCCAAAAGGUGGGCCAGCUGGUGAAGUCGGCCUCGUUGCAUAGCCUGAGCAGUGGCAGCAGCGGUUGCAGCAACGGUAGCGGUAGCGGCAGCAGUGGCAGUGGCAGCGGCAGCUCCUCGCUGCUGGCCACCAUAUCCACAUCGCCACUGACCACCGUAGAGCUCAUCUCGAGUGCCACCUGCAACGGUCUGCUGGCCACCAGGCUCAGUGGCAAGGCCUUGCAGCACUCCUUUCAGGAUAUCAUAUUGCUGCACGAGGCCUACGACGAUAUGUCAGAGGGCGAGCAGCGACUGCAUGCUACAUUUCUGGGCAGCAGCGAUGAUGGCAACAAUUCGGACUGCUACGAUGCCAGACAAUCACCGCCAAAGGCCAUCGUGGAUUCCAGUCCCCUGCAACCAGCCAUGGACAAGAACAAAGAAUCGCUCAAAGUGAAGCUAAUGGUGCGACGACCCCACUCGCAGCUGGUCGAACAGGGCAUCAUACCAUCUCUGAAAACCUCGCCCGCCAUCCACGAACAAUGCAAGCAACUGGAACGCGCCAAGACCAGCGAUCUGCUGAAGGCCAAGAUCCAGCAGCGCCCGAAUCGCGAGGAUCUGGAGCGGCGUCACAUACUCGAGGAGGAUGAGUGCCACAUCGAUCCCAGUCUGGCGGAGAAGCAGCGCAUGCUGAAGAAGGCCCGACUCGCCGAUCAGUUGAAUUCACAGAUUCAGCACCGUCCGGGGCCGCUGGAGCUGAUCAAGAAGAACAUUCUGCACACGGAGAAGCCCAUCGAGAAGAUCGUGAAGGAGGGCCUCGUCUCGUUUAAGGCCACCAGCGAGGGGCUGCUCACGCGGCCCCAGCAUCCGCACAGCUAUGUGACUUUCGAUGAGGAUUCGCUCAGCUCCGAGAGCGACACACGACAGACGCCGCCACGUCUCGAUGAGGCGAUGGUCGUGACACCCACGCUGCUGACAGCACCCUCACCGCCCACGGAUGUGCUGCAGGUGGCCGCUGCCUCCGCUGGGAUUGUGACGAUGGCACUGACAAUGCCCACAGUCAGUGGUGGUGGUCAGUUGAUGGUCAGCUCGCCGCAGAUCAUCCAGCAGCAGCAGCAGCAGCAGCACCAGCAGCCGGCACAGCUGAAGGCAAUGGUGCUGGCUGCACCUGUGCCUCCGCCACCGCCUCCACCGCCGCCGCUGCCAAUGGCCAGCAUCGUGAAGGUAAAGCCGGAGACGGCCAAUCUGUUCGAGGAGCUCUGCCAGAGCGUGGCCGGACCGGCGGCCAAUCAGUUCCUGCCCAUGCCCAUGCUGGCAUCGCCCUGCUCACUGGCCUCCAGCAGCACCUCCACGCUGAGUCCGUUGUCUUCCAUUGCGUCACCGCCGCCGCCAGCCAUCACCCGUCUGCAUCUGCAGCCCGUUUCCGUCAAGUCGGAUGCACCAGGCAAGGACAAAAAUCGCAAAAAGUCCAAGUCCAAGCCGGUGUCCAAGGCGCGCACCAUUAAAUUCCACGAGUACAAGGGUCCGCCGAGUGCUGCCGGCCAGAAGGUGGAUCAAACGCAGCCGGAGGAGACCUCCUACCAGCUGAUGUUGGAGCAGCAGAAUUGUUUGCUCAAAUUUCUGGAGAACCUCAACAAGAAUCAGUCCAUAUUGCCGUCGUCCGCUGCCGCUGCAGCUGCAGCAUCAGUGGCUGGCCCAGCCACGCCCUCAACGCCUAGCAACAGCAUCACGGUGACGACCAAGACAGUGCCGGCUUUGGCCUCCGCUCAAACAGCACCGAUUCCAGCUCCCAUUAGCUUGCCCAACACCAUCUCCAUCACGAGCAGCUCAGGCGGAGCUCCGAUGAACUUUGGCGAUGCUGCCAUGCUGACCACGCCCACGCCAGCGGUAACACCCACACCGCCCAUGCUGUCGCUAAUAGCCACGCCCCACCAGCACCACCAUCAGCAGCAGCAGCUCCAGCAACACCCACCAGUAGCUGCUGUGGUGCUGCCGCCAGUGAUUCUGCAGCAUCCCCCGCCACUGCCCUCGCCAGCGCUGUCUGUGAGCUCCUCCAUACCGCCCAGUCCGGCCACCAGCUAUGCAGAGUCCAAUGCCACGACCCACAGCAGCGCCUGCAUCACGGACAUAACGCGACUGGAGAAGAUGAAGGUCUCCGAUCUAAAGCAGCACCUCAAGCGCUGCAAUCUGCCAGUGUCCGGACCCAAGCCGCAUCUGAUUGAACGCCUGAAGCCGUAUCUGCCCCUAGAGCCACUGGAGCCGCCCACUCCUGCCGCCAGCACCACAACGGAGGUGAUCACAAUCAGCGAUGCAAUGGACACCAGCAACCCGCCACCCGCGACCAUGGUGGUGUGCGAUGCCGGCAUGGAGCACGAGCAGAUGGAUGUGCAGCAGCAGCAACAGCAGCAGCAAAUGGACACCUCACACGCCAUGACGAUUGUGCCACAGCAGCCACAGACAGCGACGAUCAUUCUGACGAACGAGGAGCUGCUACGCGAGCAGCAGCGAAAGAUUGACGAGCUGCAGCGUCAAUUGCAGCGCUCGCAGCUGGAAUUGCAACAGAUACGUCAGCGGCAGCAUCAGCAGCAACAGCAUCACACAGUGGUAAAUGCCAUGCCGCCACAGCAAAUCACGCUGAUCACCACAACAACAUCGAAUGGGGGGCCACAGAAGACGCUGACGGUGCUGCCACAGCAGCAGCACGUGGAGAAGAGCAACAGUAGCAGCAUACCGGCCAAGGUGACAGUCAAAGCGGCAGCAGCGAGUGCAUCUAAGCUCAAUGGAGUGCAGCAACAGCAGCCACAUGGAGCAGCCAAGAAGGCAGCGCACGCCAACAGCAGCAGCAACAUUGCCACAAACCCCAAUCAGCCGCCAGCGCCAAUUAGCCAGAAGAUGGUGGUGAAGCAGCAGCUGGAGGCAAAAAUACAAAAGCAAAAGGCAGCGGCAGCAGCAGCAGCAGCCGCACAACAGCAGCAACAGCAGGCGCUCCAACAGCAACAGCAGCAACAACAGCAGCAGGUGCAACAGCAGCAGCAACAACAGCAGGUGCAACAGCAGGUGCAACAGCAACAGGUGCGCCUGCUCACGCAAAAGACACAAACUGUACUCAUUCCAUUCAACACCAACAACAACCAGAUCAACAACAAUCACAUAAGCAAUGCUCCAGCCAAGAAUCAGGCCAAGAAAUCGCAUGUUGCUGCUGCCACAGUGCCCACAGCAGUCACAACAACUGCAACAAUACUGCAGGCAAGCAAACCGCUCACAGUAGGAGCAGGAGGAGGAGGAGUGGGAGCCACCACACCGCACCACAACAAUGUGGGUCUGCUGUGGAACGAGGGUAACCAAACCAUCUUCCUGGUGGGACUCAACGAUCAGCAAAUGACGGCACAUACGCUGGGGAAUAUCAGCCUCACCGCCACCACCGCCACAGCAGGAGCAGCAGGAGGAGGACCUGCAGGAGCUGCACCUGCGCCCGUGAAGAAGCUGCUGAAUGGCCAUCAACGCACAAACUCCCUGCCCAGCAUUGUGUUUCCCAUUGAAGCCAAGUCCAUUAUAACGCAACAGCAAUUGCAGCAGCUGCAGCAGUCGCACUUCCAGCAGCAGCAACAGCAGCAGCGUCCGCCACAGCAGCAGCAGCAGCGUCCGCAGCAGCAGCAGCAGCAGCAACAGCAACUCAUCCAAUUGGACAUCAAAUCCACGACAGCUCCACCGCCACAGUAUGAGGAGGCCACCAAGCAGCUGGCUGCCAGCAAGGCAGCGGCACUCAACGGACUGGUGCCGCUGGUCAAGAUCAAAGAGGAGCCUGUGCAGUCGCCAGCACCGCCAUUGGCGCUGCCAGUGCCAGCUGCAGCACCACUGAGCAAUCAGGUGAAGCGCAAGUCGGCGGGCAUCAAGUCCGAACAGGUCAGCGAUGUUCUGGACAUACUCAUCAAGCAGGGGGAGCUGCCCGAGAGUGCGGCCCUCGAGCCAAUCACACCGCUGACGCCACUGCCCGAGCUGUCCAUGUUCAAUGGAACUGUCACACCGACCACAGCAGCGGGUGGAGCCAGCAUUGUGCCACUGGUGCCCAAGCUGGAGGCACCGCCCACACCCCAAGCGGCUGUGGCCACGCUGGACAUGGCCAUGGACACAAAUGACUCGCACGUGAGCUUCGGCCAGCAGCACACGCCGCAUGGUUUCAUCGAGAACAUUGACAUGGGAUCACCGCUGCAGCCGGACACGAGUGCCAUUGAUGCCGAGAGCGUGGCCAAGACGCUGGACAUCUUCCUGGAGCAGCAUCACGCCACGCCACCGCCCAGCACGCCGCCAAAGAGCAGCCACAGCGGCAGCGAGAAGCCCAACAGUCCGGAUGCCAAGCUGAAUCAUUUCGAUGAGUACGAGCUGCUGGAGCUGAUGUCGCAGCAGCUGGAAAUGGACAUGGGCGACGACUCGAACACCUAUUGCACACCCAACACUCCCAAGGGUGGCGGCAACAACAACAGCCUGCGACGUGAUCUCAAUCCCAGCCUGCAGCCGUGCAUCAACGAGCUGCUCGAUGCCAGCAGUCCGGAAAGCGUGCUGCUGAACAACAAUCCCGGUGCGGAUGUGGACUUUGAUGCGGACAGCUUUGUGGCUCAGCUCAGUCAGCAUGUGACUGGCGGCAAUGGCAACAGUCCCCAUGUCGACUCCAGCAACUCCUCGAACAGCCACUUCAAUGGCACGCCCAUGGACUGUGAUGACUUUGAGAGCACUCUCAAUUCCUUCAUGCAGGCCGUCACACAGCCACAGGCGGGAUCGCACGGGGGAGAUUACUCCUCAACGACGACAACGAGCAUGGCCAAUGGCAUGAGCGGUGGCAGUGUUUUGGGUGACUCCAGCGGCGGAGCAGUUGAUGCGUUCAAUGCCAGCGGCGAUAUCUUUGAUCUGUUCAACAUAGAUGACUACAAAAUGAACUGGGCCGGCGAUUUCACUGUCUGAUGCUACAUUUAACAGGAGCAAAACUUUCAUUUCCCACUUCCCUUCCACAAAAGUUUCUUCGUUCCGUGUCAAAAACACAAAACACAAUCCAGCGUGGUGCUCACAUUUUUUUUUUCUCAAAAAAUAUAUAAUUCCUGAAGAAUUCGAAGCAAUUUUCGAAGAUUACAACAAACACACACCAACACACACUUACACAACAAAUCCUAUUUAUUUUCUAAAUGCAUUUAAAACAUUUGAACGUCAGUUGAAAUUUCGAAACUUUACUAUUUCCAAGAAACGACAAAAACAAAAACCAAAACACAAUGCCAAGCAAAAUUGCCGGGGAGUGACACUCCACCACAACAAAAAACAAAACAAAAAACAUAAAAAAAUACACCAUAUACCAUACUUUUGCACCCUUUCCUAAAUAAGCAACAAAUACAAGAAAAUAAAGAAACAGCAGCCAAAACAAACCAUUUAGAAAAGCAUAAAAACUUCAUCAUAAAACGUAAGCCAAAACCAUAUAAAAAAUCAAAAAAAAAAAAAUGCACUCAAUAAUAAUAAUAAUACUGUAAAGAUUGAUAAAGAAAAGAAAGAAAAAGUACAUGUUUCUAAUGAAGGUCAUUCCAAUCUGAAAAUAAUGCGAGUGAAAAUCUAACCAACUAAAAAACAAACACAAGAAAGCUAUAGACACGCAGAGAGCGAGAGAGAGAAUGCAAAUGCGAAUGGCAGAGCGGAAGACAUGAAUGAGCAUGAAUGAGAGCGAGGAACCAGGAAAUGGCAAAAGCAAAGAAAACCCCAUAAACCCAAACUACAAAAAAGAAAACACAAAAAAAAGCAGUUUAUCUACAUAAGAGAUCGCCCCACACCCAAGUGAAAACACAUUCAGUAAUUUUGUUUUAAGUUCUAUUUAAAAUGAAAUGAAUUAAAUUAUUUAAGGCUUUAAGGACAAGCCAGGCUUAAUUUUAGUAACAAAGCGAAAUUAUGAAAUUACAAAUUUGAUAAGUAUUUCCUGCAAGGAAAGAAAAAGCCUUUAAAAAAAAUGUAGUCGAAGAAAAACCAAUCUAAAUUAAAAUUAAAAAAAACAAUUUUUCUGAAAGUCUUUUAAGCCAAUUAGUGAAAAUAUAUAUAUAAUUAAAUAUUUAUAUAUAUAUUCUUUUUGUUUGCAUUCAGCGAAUUCCGUUACUUAAAUUAAUUCUAAUGCAAAUUUUAUGAAACGUAAACUUAAGGCGAAAAUAUUUCUUGGGGUUUCGAUCCUGAAAGCGGCGUGUACUUAAACGCACAUUUCUAGGCAGUUCGGAAUUGUAAUUGUAAAUCCAAACAGAGAACCCCACGCACCCCCUUUCGGCUAAGUGUAUUUUGUAGUAAAUGUAAAUGUAAAUGGAGGGCAUGCCAAGCAUUCGGACAUAUAUUUGAGUGUUGUGCUCAAUAAAAUAAAUUACAAUAAAUAACAUGAGUUAAGGCAAUGGAAACAUUUCAAGUAGGAAAACGAGUGGCAAAACACACACAAACACAAUUCAAAAUUGC